GGCAGGGACUGAUCGGACUGCAGUUUCCAAAAAAAAACUCGCUUCAGUCAGAAAACGGAAUUUAUAAAUCAUCGAUCAUGUCUCUGAACAACUUCUACUUUAAGGACUCUUCCUUUUUCUCACUCUGGACUUUUCUCCUGUGCUCGGCUUUGUCCGUCUGGACUCCUGUACAAGGUGAGGUUCUGGUGAUUGGUUCAAAUCUUCCAAUCAUCGCCGCUCCAGGUGAUGAUGUCAUCCUGCCGUGCCACCUGGAGCCCAUGUUCGAUGUCCAGGGUCUGACGGUGGAGUGGUCCAAACCCGACCUGAAGCCCGACCCGUCGGACCGGCUGAGCCGAGUGGAGUACGUUCACCUGUACAGGGACAGGAAGGAGGUCCCCGACAUGAAGAUGGCCUCGUACUUCAGGAGGACGGAGCUGUUCAUGGACGACAUGAAACACGGGAACAUUUCACUGAAGAUCCUGAACGUGUCGGAGGAAGACAACGGCAGAUACCGAUGCUUCAUCCCCAAGCUGCGGAGCAGAGUGAAAGCUGCUGUUGUUGAACUUGUAGUCGAUUCAAACUUUGCUACAACCUCAACGACAGAGACGCCGCUGCAAACUCCAGAUCCUCAGGACACGACUCCAACAAAUGCAGGUCGAUCCAGGGUCGCUGUGGUUCUUCUCAUCACUUUCAUAUCGGCUGUAGCUGUUGGUGGUCUUACUCUAUAUUUUUGCUGCCAUCAUCAGAAUCGAACUAAGCAUCCAGAGGAUGAUGAGACAGAAAAACAACCACUACCAGUCUAGCUGCCUUGCUCAAAGGAGCGUUGGUGUUAAUGGAGCUGAGAGCAUCAGAGAUUUAUCUGUGCUGGAUCUUCAGUCAAAUUGGGGAUUCAAACCAGCAUCCACAGGGAGACACUCGGCCCAGCAGCACUGAGAUCAUCAUAAGGUCACUCCUAAAAAGGAUGUGAGCCUGAUUUGAACUUUGACCCCAGCUGAAGACUCGAGCCUUGUCCAGCUUAUUUAUCGAGCUCAUUUUCACAUAAAAAAAGUGUCAUAAAAGAAAACCUAGAGUGGAAGGUUCAGAGGAUGUAAACAGGAAAUAUUUCUUACAGAAGUCUUCAGUCAGAGUGGCUGCUGUCAGACUCUGGAGGAUCUGCUUGGAAACAUCAAGCAGUGAAACUGAUGGAUUUCCUCCUUCAAUACAAAACUGUGAAGUUCAGCCUGGAGAAGAAACGCUCCUCUGCCUCACUGUCAGCAUGUUUAAUGAAUAUUUAUUUAGUCUUUACCUCACUGGUUAAGGUGCACUUAAAUCUUUCAGUGACACCUCAAAGUGUCUCUGAUGGACAAAUUAAAAUGAAAAGUAAAACUGUUGGAAAAUCGCCAGUAGACUGUGAAGUACCAGGAACAGGAUUUAUGGAGCUCACAUUAAGCGCUCUUGUUUUAUGCAAACUUUGUUAGUUGUCUGUUAACUUUAAUGUCUCAGAGAAACUGAACUAUAAGCUGAACACUUUAAGUAACUGCUGCACUUUAUAAACAGAAAAAAGCUGAUUUAUACUCUAGGUUUUUAAAGCUACAACAAAUGUAUUACAUUUACUGUGAAACUUCCUGCUGGUUGGGACUCGAUGUUCAGACUUUAACGUCAUAGUCUGAUUUGUGACUUUGUGCUUUCACUGCCUUUAAGCCAAAGUCAGUGUUUCGCUCACAGACAGAUGAGUGUGUGAUGAAACAAGCUUAAACUUCAUCAUGAGAAUAAAAACAUUUAAAUAUGACCUGAAAGAGUUUCUUGGAUUCUUUGAUUUUCAAGCCUCUUCUUGACAUUUUGUUACAAUUUGUGUGUUUUCUUGUUUUUACAUCUAAUACCUCGUCCUAUUAUUUAAUUAAUAUAAGUUAUGUAUUUAUUGUUGUCAUGUGUCGUUUCAUGUUUGCAUUUGAUGACGUUUUCAAACAUU